AUGGUUAACCUGUAUACCGACCUCGAAAUCCCACAAUUGAAAAUAUCUUUGAAGCAGCCAUUAGGGUUAUUCAUCAAUAACGAAUUUUGUCCAUCAUCAGAUGGAAAAACCAUUGAGACCGUGAACCCGGCUACUGGCGAACCAAUAACGUCCUUUCAAGCCGCUAACGAAGAAGACGUAGACAAGGCUGUGAAAGCCGCUAGGGCUGCUUUUGAUAAUGUUUGGUCGAAGACGUCUUCUGAGCAACGCGGUAUAUAUCUUUCAAACUUGUUGAAGCUUAUCGAGGAGGAGGAAGACACACUUGCUGCCUUAGAAACUCUAGACGCUGGAAAGCCUUACCAUUCAAAUGCCAAGGGUGAUUUAGCGCAAAUUUUGCAGCUUACCAGAUAUUUUGCUGGGUCCGCUGAUAAGUUUGACAAAGGUUCAACCAUACCAUUGACUUUUGACAAGUUUGCGUAUACCCUGAAGGUUCCUUUUGGCGUUGUUGCUCAAAUUGUCCCAUGGAAUUAUCCCCUAGCCAUGGCUUGUUGGAAAUUGCAAGGUGCUUUAGCUGCUGGUAACACGGUUAUCAUAAAACCUGCUGAAAAUACUUCUCUAUCUCUACUUUAUUUUGCUACUUUGAUUAAAAAGGCAGGUUUUCCACCUGGUGUUGUCAAUGUCGUUCCUGGUUAUGGUUCACUUGUAGGUCAAGCUCUAGCAUCUCACAUGGAUGUCGAUAAGAUUUCUUUCACGGGAAGUACCAAGGUUGGUGGGUUUGUGUUGGAGGCCUCUGGCCAAUCCAACCUCAAAGACGUUACAUUAGAAUGUGGUGGUAAAUCUCCUGCUCUUGUAUUUGAAGACGCUGACCUUGAUAAGGCUGUCGACUGGAUAGCAGCUGGAAUAUUCUACAAUUCGGGACAGAAUUGUACUGCAAACUCAAGAGUUUAUGUUGAAAGUUCAAUCUACGAUAAGUUUGUUGAGAAGUUCAAAGAAAGUGCAAAGAAAAAUUGGGAUGUUGCGGGAAAUUUUGACCCGUUUGAUGAGAAAUGCAUCGUUGGCCCAGUUAUAUCAAGUACCCAGUAUGACCGCAUCAAAGGAUACAUCGAACUUGGUAAAAAGGAGGAAAAGUUGAGCAUGUUCCAGACUUCAGAAUUUCCCGUUGGUGGAGCUAAAGGUUACUUCAUCCCUCCCACAAUCUUUACUGAUGUCCCGCAGACAUCGAAACUGUUACAGGACGAAAUAUUUGGACCGGUUGUGGUUGUCAGCAAGUUCGAAAAUUAUGAUAACGCCUUGAAGCUAGCUAAUGAUACUUGCUACGGGCUUGCAUCUGCAGUGUUUACUAGAGAUGUAAAGAAAGCGCACAUGUUCGCUCGCGAUAUUAAAGCAGGGACUGUUUGGAUCAACUCAUCUAACGAUGAAGAUGUUACCGUUCCGUUCGGCGGGUUUAAAAUGAGUGGUAUUGGUAGAGAACUGGGACAAAGUGGUGUUGACACAUACCUUCAAACAAAAGCAGUCCAUAUAAACCUCUCUUUAAAGAACUAA